AUGAGGACAAUUUUAGGAUGUUUAACGAUGUACGCAUUAUGCGUCGUGAGUUUGGCUAAUCCUUUGGAGAAAAAACUGGACAAAAUCAGCGUAAUUGAGCAACAGCAUCAGCAACAGCAACAGCAACAGCAGCAGCAACAACAAUCCGUGACGAUGAUCGAUCGUGUGAAAUAUGAAGAAGAAUUGUUAAGAAAGUUAAACAACAAGUGUUCGCAAAAUGACAUUAGCAGCUGCGUCAUGUUGAAAUUAGUUACGUAUAUGAAUAAAUUAUUGAAAAAAGCAUCCAUCGAAUUAACGGAUGACGUUGAAAUAAGAAAAACUGGACAAGCUAAUGAAGAUUUUAUCUCAUACGAAGUUGGAAGAAGUACUGACGAUGAAACUGAAGUACUUAAUAUGGUUGCAAAUAAAGCUUAUGCAUUUGUCAAAUCGAGAAGCAUCAAGUGGAGAAUCUUACCGGAAAAUGACGUUGUCGUUUCUGCAUCUGAGGAUGAAAGUGGAUCCCUUAAUUUUGGUUUAACCAUUGAACGUGCUGACAAUAAUGUUGUUCAAGAUGGUCGUGGUAAAAAGAAUAACAACAUGGGACCAUUGAUGGCAGCAGCAGUAUUGAAAAUUGGCGUAAUCGCUGGAUUGGCAUUCAAAGCAUUGGCACUGUUGGUCGGUAAAGCUCUUCUGCUUUCGAAAAUUGCAUUGCUAUUGGCCAGUAUCAUCGGUCUUAAGAAAUUAUUUUCACAACAAAAACACGUUACGUACGAGGUAGUUGCACAUCCCCAUCAUUCAGCCAGUCAUACAUACAGUGCCGAUCAUGGACACGGUGAUAGUUAUUCAAGUGGAUGGGCAAGAAAUUUCCAUGGUCAGUCAUCUAAUCAUGGGAUUGAUUCUUCUUCCUCUUCUUCUUCUUCUUCUCAUGAAUUGGCUUAUUCCGCUCAUGUCAAAUAA